GGUGCUAUAUUUACUUAGUCUAUAUUAGUAGUGACCUGUAAGAGGUUUAAAGUAGCUCUCAAAAGCAGAGUUGGUGUUUAAAUGAUCGCUGUUGAGAAGCAAGAAUCAACAUUUGGAUGAAUAAAUACUGAAAAAGGUUACCUGGUAUGUUUGAUGCUAUGGGUGCUGCUGGAUCAGCGGAUGAUAUUAAUGCCAUGGAAAUUCACCACUGGUACACUAAAUUUAUGAAGGAAUGCCCAUCUGGACAGCUUUGUCUGCAUGAAUUUAAACAUGUCCUGGAUCUACAUGGACUUACUCCAGAAGCUAACAGCUAUGUUGAACAAGUAUUUCACACAUUUGACAUGAAUAAGGAUGGAUUUAUAGACUUCUUGGAGUUCAUAGCUGCAAUAAAUUUGGUUAUACGAGGGAAAAUUGACCAAAAAUUGAAAUGGUAUUUUAAGCUAUAUGAUGCUGAUGGAAACGGAUGUAUUGACAAAAAAGAACUAGUAAGCAUAUUCACGGCUAUCCAAGCUAUUAAUGGCCACAGUGACAUGUCUGCUGAAGAGUUCACAAACAUUGUAUUUCAGAAGAUAGACGUGAACAAUGACGGGGAACUGACUUUAGAAGAGUUUAUCACUGGUGUGGAAAGCGACGAGGACCUAAUGGAGUUGAUUACCAAAAAUUUUGACCUUUCCAACGUACUCAAAGUCAUACAGAAUGGCAGGAGACACAGCAUCUGAAGGAGCCGGUGACAGAAGCGGCAUCUCUGUCAUCAUUCCAAGGAAGAUAAUACGUGAUACCUUUGAUGUCAUCAAAGCCUGCCCAGGCAAAACUGAUUAGCCUGCUCCAGGAGUAAUAACUUUCACUCUUGACUUCAUAUCCCUCCUUUUAUUUUCGUUAUUCUUUCCCUCACUAAUGACUGUGACAGCCACACAUAUAAUAGAAAAGCUAUUUGACGCAGUACAAAUAACUUAUUUGGUCUCCAUGAACUGUGUUCAGUCUAACCAAUAAAAUCAUGAAAAUAUCACAAAAUGCAAUCUUUCUACAAGACAUGGAGUUAGUGGAUUUCUCCUUUUCAGGACAGGCUUUUAAA